AUGUACCUGUACACACUUUUUCAAGGUACAUAAUAGGUAUGUCACUAACUUCAGGGAAUGAGAUAAUAAUGUCUAGUUUUUAAUACACAGUGGAAGAUGCCCUAAUGGUGUCGGAAAUAUUGUAUAUUUAUGUCUGUGACAAUUAAUUUUAGAAUUAUUUAAAAAAAUUAGAAUGACCCUAAAAUCAAAGGCCUGUAUGGGAUCAGUAUGACAUAUUUCCGACAGCAAGUGAAGGCAUCAUUCCUUCUCUCAACUCAACUCAAACUACAACUUGAACAGAACAAAGCACAUCCGUACACGCACCAUUCACUCUGCUCCUUAUCGACACCAGGUCCAUGUCUGCAGACCUUUUACAUUUUUACAUUUAUAAAACAAACGCGUUAAAGCGGUCGCAGGAAGUGACGUCACAACACACGCUCCUUUUGUCUGACGGCCUUAUCCGGAGGAAGUGAAGCUCAGGCGAGGCGACUGCUUAACUGGAGGAAAAAAAAUCUAAAAAAAAAAAAAAAAAAACAAGAGGAAAAAAAAACUUCAGUUGCUUGCAAGAAUUCGGACACAUUUGGAAAGUGUGUCAAACCAGCCCGGUCCGCAGGAGUUCCGGGGAGCAGACGGAUCCGUCGGUACCGGUAAACGCCGCUGAUCUCCAUGCACUGGCUCGUAUUUUGGACAGAUUUGCAUGACUCUGCUGCCGCCUCUCCGCCCGUUUCCACAGCCGGAAGUCUGUGAGGAUGGUCUAUUGUUUUUUUUGUCGUCGCCACAGUUUUUUUCAUCUUUUUUUUUUUUUUUGCUUGUUAUUUUUCCAAACGAGAGGGCACUGCUGACACGCCGAGCUCUAAGUCCCUGUACGUGGAUCAGCAGAAAUGAUGGAAGAUUCUCAUUUUAACUCGUCGUAUUUCUGGUCUCCCGUCCAGACUGUGCCAGCGCAGCAGAUUGAAAAUGCAAUGUUCCUGAACAAGGUGAAAGAACAGCCGGAAAAGACUACGUCCUUCUCUGCUACCUCUGCACCCCACUAUCAAACCGCUCUGCUCACCAUCCCCGCGCCUGGGGCCAAGACUGAUGGAGGUGGGCCCGCUGGUAACGCAGCACACCUCCACCCUCCUCACAGCACCCAGAACAUCACAGUCCUGCCCGUUCCCUCCACGGGCAUCAUGACUGCAGCAGGUCUGGUCAUCACAACUCCACAGGGAACUUUAGUUUCUCCCACCUCCUCUCAGUCGUUUGUGUCUGGCCAUCCAGCCACCACCAUGAUCGUUUCAGCGCUCCAUUCCCAAGACAGAAAAGAAGGCGAUGGGGCGCCGCAUGUGGUGGUGAUGCCGGCGCCCUCGAAACGGGGCCGCAAGAAAAAGACCACCGUGACCCGAGUGGCUCCUGGAGGCGGACCCGGAAGCGAAACGCUAAUACUGGCUCACCUGACCACCGCCGGCCAGGUGGGCUCGCUGCAGCAUCACGCUGGCGACCCGUACGACUUGUCGAACGAGGACGAGGACCACGGCGCGAAGGACAGCACGAAGACGUACAGGUGCCGGAUGUGUGCGGCGACCUUCUUCAGUAAGUCUGACAUGCAGAUCCACUCCAAGUCGCACACAGAGGCCAAACCUCACAAGUGUCCUCACUGCGCCAAGUCAUUCGCCAACUCCAGCUACCUGGCCCAGCACAUCCGCAUCCACAGUGGAGCCAAGCCUUACACCUGCUCCUACUGCCAGAAAUCUUUCAGGCAGCUCAGUCAUUUACAGCAGCACACACGGAAUCACACAGAGUCGAAGCCUCACAAGUGUCCCCAUUGUACCAAGUCAUUUGCCAACUCUAGCUACCUUGCCCAACAUGUGCGCAUCCACACUGGAGUGAAACCCUACUCCUGCUCCUUCUGCAAUAAGUGCUUCAGACAGCUCAGUCACCUCCAGCAACACAACAGGAUUCACACCGGUGAUCGGCCCUACAAGUGCACCCAUCCGGGAUGUGAGAAAUCUUUUACGCAACUCUCAAAUUUACAGUCCCAUCGGCGCCAACACAACAAGGACAAACCAUACAAGUGUACCAACUGCAAUAAAGGAUACAUUGAUGCAGCAAGCCUGGAGGUGCACAUGUCCACACAUACUGUUAAACACGCCAGGAUCUACUCGUGUGGUCUCUGCAACCGCACUUACACCUCAGAGACGUAUCUGGUGAAACACAUGGAGAAACACAACCCAGACCAGCUGACUGCAGCGGCAGUCGUAGGAGCACAGGUGGCCCAACAGAACCAGAACCAAAGCCAGGCCCAGGGCCAGGCUGGAGCUCAGAGCCAAGCAGAGAGUGCAGAUGGAGGAUCGAGCCGACCAGGGGGAGCUGGGAGAGGAGGAGCAGGUGGGGGCCAGCAGGGACAGAGCCAGAGCAACUACCCCCAAUCAGAAACCAUCUCUUGUCCAUUUGACUUGCACCAGUAUAAGACAGUGUCUGCCAGUGACAUCCAAUACAAACCAGUCAGUGUGGCUGACAUUACUUCCCACAAGGACCUCUGUCUCACUGUGUCAGCAUCCACUAUUCAAGUGGAGCACCUCAACUCUUAGUGAUGAAAGUUUGAAGUGAACAAAAUAAGAAAUUUGGGGAAAAGAAUAAAAGCAAUAUUAAGGAGAAACAAGAACUUUGACAAAUGAUAAAGUGACACAGUAUACAACAGAUUAUAAUGUUUUCUGUUCUAUGAGUUUGGCCCCUUCUUUCUUUCUGCCUUGUUCGGUUUAUUAUAAUUUUUCUUACUUUAGCUAUAGUGUCUAAAGAAUAUGUGCAUAUACAGGGUGCAAUAACACAGUCCAUCACAGUGAUGGUUUUAUGGUGGGAAGAGAGUCAAAACGGCAGUGCUUCUGUUUACUGCUGUUUUAUCACCUCCUGCUCUGCCCUAUACAUGCAGCUUGGAUGUGGCAGGUUAUGGUGUCUCUGCUCUUGGAAUUGGUAGUUAACUAUGAAGGUAAAUUUUUAUACUUUCAUAAAGAGACUUUCAGUUUUUAUUCUAUGUUAUUACCUCUACCUUUUUGUAAAAUACAUGCCUGCAAUUCAGUCUUUUUUUAUCCUAAAAGGGAUGUAGAGGUAAUUUCCUUAUCAGGAAAGAAAAACAUGCAUUGAGUUUAUACUGAUAUGCUACAAUUUAUAAAGAAUGAGUGUUUUAAAGAUGUGGGCAUCCAUGUAAUCUAUGUAGACCCAUUCACAGGCCUUGGCAUGACCUUUAAUGGAGGGAUGAGCCAGUUCAUGUUUCAUGUAAUGUUAUUGUAAUGCUCUGUGUGUAUGUUCCAAAUAUGUACUUGGUAUUAUACUUCUACAAUAAGAGCAUUUUUAAUAUUUCUUUACAGGCACUGACAUAUAUAAAACCUUUGUUUCUGCCUACAAUUCAAUAAACUAUUUGGAAUGUUUCUCA